AUGGCAAAGGACUUUCAAGACAUCCAGCAGCUGGACUCUGAGGAAUGUGACCACCAGCUUGGCAGAAAUGAGAGGCCAGGUGCUCGUGGGCAGAAUCCCAGGAGAGAAGAUCCAUUCUGGAAAGGGCCGCCUGCUCCCCAGCCCGUUCUGCAGCAGCUCUGCUCCAGGCGCCCCCUUGGUCUGCUCGCCCUGGGCUUCAGCGUCUUGCUGCUGGUGGCCAUCUGUGUGAUCGGGUCCCAAAGUGAGGGUCACAGAGGCACACAGCUGCAAGUGGAGCUGCGGGCCCUGAAAGAAACUUUCAGCAACUUCUCCUUGAAUACCCUGAGUGAGGUCCAGGCUCUCGGCACCCAUGGAGGUAGCACAGGUGACAAGAUAACAUCUCUGGGAGCCAAGCUGAAGAAACAGCAGCAGGACCUUAAAGCAGAUCACGCCUCCUUGCUCCUUCAUCUGAAGCACUUCCCAGUUGAUCUGCGCGCCCUGGCUUGUUGGAUGGCAUUCCUCCAGAGCAACGGUAGUGAAGGGGGAAAAUGCUGCCCUGUUAACUGGGUGGAGCAUAGAGGCAGCUGCUACUGGUUCUCUCGCACUGGGAAGACCUGGCCCGAGGCUGAGAAAUACUGCCAGCUGGAGAACGCUAACCUGGUGGUCAUCAACUCCUGGGAGGAGCAGAAAUUCAUUAUAGAGCGCACAAGACCUUUCACUAGCUGGAUAGGGCUCACGGAUAGUGAUGGAACCUGGAGAUGGGUGGAUGGUACCGACUAUAGGUACGGCUACAGGACCUGGGGUUUCCCUCGGCCAGGUUACUGGCGUGGGUACGAGGUGGGUAGAAGUGAAAGCUGUGCCGUAGUCGAGUGGAAUGGUCGCUGGAACAACAUCGCCUGCCAGGAGCUGCACCGCUGGGUGUGUGAGAUGAGGCAGAAUAUUACCGGCUAG